GCCGGCCGGCCGCCGCGCGCCAAACGGGCAACCACAGGGUUCGAAGCUGGCGCAGGGCUGCAGAAAUAUAGCGCUUUUGCAAGUCGUGCAUAGUUCUCUCGCAGAGCGGUAGCCGCUGGGCCACAAAAAUACAGACUGCUCAGGCAGGGCUCCACCACAAAGCAAGCGAUGCCGCCCAGCUUCAAAAGCAAACACCCGCCCCCCGAGCCAUCACCCUGGAUCACCUCCGCGCUCAUCGAGGAGACGACGGGCGUCGGCGUCGACGAGCACAACUGCCUCGACGACCUCGAGAUCUUGUUUGCUCCGUUAAACCAGGCCGCGCCUUCCGCGAACGACCACUCCAACGGCCACACGGUCGGUCUCGCGAGAUGCGCUCGGUUAAGGCGGUUAUCACUGGUCGACUGUGGGUUGGUGAAACUCGGUUGUUUGCAACCAAUAGCCCACACUUUGGAAAGGCUGUGCGUUGCAGAUCAAAAACUAACAUCCCUCAAAGACCUCGGGAGUCUCCCGCAAUUACGAUGGCUCUACGCCCAACAGAAUAACAUAUCGAGAAUCGAAGGAUUAGACGAAUGUCCUCGCCUAAGGGCUCUAUGGUUAUUUGAUAACUCCAUACAGCGCUGCGAGGGCUUAACUGAACUUGCUGAAUUGAGAGAAUUAUGGUUACAAAAUAACAAGAUGAAGCGAUUGGGUGGCUUGGAAGCGUUGACGGCGUUGAGAGAUCUCCAGCUAGCCGGCAACCCGAUUUCCGACUAUCGAGACCUACCGAGACUGGCGCGCUUACCUUCCCUAGAGAGUGUGGGUUUCCGGGACGCGCAUUUUGGAAGUUGUCCCAUCGCGGAACGGGAAGGGUAUCGGGACGCGGUGUUGGGUGCUCUGCGACACGUCACUUCAUUAGAUGCCUCGGAAGUGACGAGACAAGACAGGCACCGCGCGAGAGACGCGCACUUGGAGAACGUCCUCGAGUUCCACGAGAAGGUCGACGCGCUGCAGCGGGAACAUAGGGACGAUGCUGCGGCCAUCGAGGCGCGAAGACGGCGUUCGUCAGCACACGCUCGUUCGCUGGAUGGGGAGAUGCGCCUGGCCUUUGCGGAGUUGGAAAGGUUGGUCGACGAAGGGAGGCAAGCGGUCAAAGCCGAGCACGCGAAACAUAGGCGGGCUAGAGCUCUUGCGCAGCGGUCCCUGGAUGCGGCGUUGGCUGCGGCCUUGGCGGAGCACGCUCUGGCCUGCGACGACGCGUCGCACAAGGCUGAUCGUCGCGAGAGACGAGACGAAUGUGCUCUGUUAGCUCUGGAGCGUCGAGCAAAAGGUGAACGUAGAAUAGCUUUAGUGAUCGCGUCAUUACAGUACGGCGGGCCGCGCUUUACUUCUAACAGAGGAGACCCUCCGCAACAAUUGCCUCCCGCAAAAGUGGCCUGCCAGCUGCUCGGAGAGCACUCGCCGGAUUUCCGCUGGCUCGACGCGAGGUUACGAGAACAGCCGAAGGGCGACGCCGACCCCUUGUGUCUGUUGCGGGCCUAUCGCGUUUCUAGAAGGGACGAGGCGUUGCCCGACGGCAAGUGCUGGUUUUUGAGGGGCGACGCGGCACUAAUUGAGGACGCCGUCCGAGGAGAUGUGAAGGACGGACUCGUGUUGUACGCGUCGGCCUCCCAGGCCUGCGCUGCGUUCCGUUCAUCGUCUUCAUCAGUAUCGGCGCCGCAGAAAGGUGGCGACGCCGUCGACCUCCUCGAAGGGUCUUCUGACGACGAGUCCGACGACGAGUCGCCCGAGACGCUCUGGGACGAAUGUAAAGAGGACGAUGCUGCACUAUCAUCGAGCGACGCGGCCGGGUCCCUCGCAUUGCUCCUGCUGUGUCGGGAGGUCGACGCCGCGUCGGGCGGCGACAAUGCGACGAAGCGGAAUCUGCUCAUGGCCGCGGAAGCUUCCGCCCAGAAGUUCGUCGGCGGCCAGGCCUACAAGUCGUCGGACUUACUCGCGACGCCUGCCGGUUUGACGGGUGUGGCCGUCGAGCACGUCCUGCUGUGCGGCUCGGGUUUAUGUAGUAGAGAUCAAAGAGCUCUAGAAGCGGAUUUACAUGAUGACGGCGCCGUCGGCGGGCCGACCGACGCGCUACUCGAUGCUUUAGCGGCGCGCGUGCGAGCCGAGGUCGAGGGCCACCGGCAGCGCGUCGCGCGCGACCUCGAGCCGGCGGCCGUCGACCAGUUGAGGGAGGCGGACGCGGAUUUAGCUGAUCGCGAGGACCAGCUCCGGAAGACGCGCGCGCGGAUCCAGUCGGAGCGUUCCGCGCAGGAGACGAUCCUGCGCUCGUUUAGGGAGCCGGCCUAACGAUAUUUUGACUUA